AUGAUCUACCAGACCAUCCUUCUCCCUAUCUUGGGCAUGGCGUCGCUAUUUAGCGUCGCACUUGCCCAAGCAUCUCAACGUCCUUCUCUGGAUACUGCAAGGAACCCCCUCAACUGGUGCGGUCAGGAUGAGAAGGUUCAUGCGUUAGGAAGAGAGGACGAUUUGGCUGCUCUUGAGGCAUUCUCUAAGCGCUCCUUGAACACAGAGCAAUCCUCGAUUCACAUACCUGUCAAUGUCUUCCUGGUCGGAACGGAAGAACAGCGAAAUUCGGUCAAAUACAGAAUCGAAAUCCGUUACAUCGGAACCACCCUCAAUGACGGCUACGCCACGCACGGCAUCACUUUCGGCCCCAUCGAGACAUACGAGGUCGCCAACGACACCUACGCCAACAUGAACCACAUGGAGCACCGACAUGACAAGACUCGGGAAAUGCAGAGAGCGCUUCGCAUCGGCGGGCCUGAGACUUUGAACCUGUACAUUGUGCCGAAACUGGAUACCGGCCUCAUCGGAUACGCCGCCUUUCCCGACUUAUUGACAAACCCUUUCAGUAUCGUGGGAGCGACAGGGACGUGGUUCGACGGGGACGCUGUCGUCAUCGGCCACAGCGCUCUGGAUGGCACUCUGUUCGCAAAGGCUGUGAUCCACGAAACGGGUCACUGGCUGGGGCUCUACCACCCGUUCCAGGGCUCCUGUAAGGUCCCCAACGGUGACUACAUCCCAGACACGCCGCAGUCGCGGCACGAGAACUAUGAGUGCAAGCCCAAGGACACGUGCCCCGAGUUCCCAGGCGAAGAUCUAGUUUGGAAUUAUAUGGCGUACUCGUCGUGUGACAAGAACCUAUCUUUCACCCCAGGCCAAGCCCUUUUCAUGCGUCAAUCUUGGUACAAUUUCCGCGACGCCAAGACCAGAGACCUUCCCGCGGAAUCGCGAGUCCCUUAUCGAACGACACCUAACAAGGACAUGAUUGUCCGUUCAAGAUUCGGGAAUGCGUAG